AUGCCAUAUGGAGAGAGCUCGAAUCCUCGGUUGAAUAUUGUGAAAUCCAGAUUGGGUGAUACCGAAUAUCCAAAGAAGGCCGCUCUGCAAAGAAUUGAACAAAAGUACUCCAAUACGAACAAGAAAGGAGUAAAACAAGACCAGCGAUUGGGCAUCGGAUCACAGCCAAUUUCAAAACAAAACCGCACUGAGAAAACAGAAAUAGGGAAAUAUCCAAGUCAAAGUGGAAAGGCAAACAUAGGGGGGACUCUCGAAAACCAAGAAAGCCAAAUUGAACGGAUGACAUGA